CCAGGUCUUUAUCAGUUCUGCUGGAUAAAUAGCCAACCGCACUAGGUCCGGAGAGACAGCAAGGUGCUGUGCGGCGGAGCAUUUGGGUCUCAAAGAAGCAGUGGCCACCACCAUGGGUGCAGGCCCCGACCAGUCCUAUUUCUCCGGCAAUCACUGGUUCGUCUUCUCGGUGUACCUCCUCACCUUCCUGGUGGGGCUCCCCCUCAACCUGCUGGCCCUGGUAGUCUUCGGCAAGCUGCAGUGCUGCCCGGUGGCCGUGGACGUGCUCCUGCUCAACCUGACCGCCUCGGACCUGCUCCUGCUGCUGUUCCUGCCCUUCCGCAUGGUGGAGGCGGCCAGUGGCAUGCGCUGGCCCCUGCCCUUCAUCCUCUGCCCGCUCUCUGGAUUCAUCUUCUUCACCACCAUCUAUCUCACCGCCCUCUUCCUGGCCGCUGUGAGUGUUGAGCGCUUCCUGAGCGUGGCCUACCCACUAUGGUACAAGACCCGGCCGAGGCUGGGACAGGCGGGUCUGGUGAGUGUGGCCUGCUGGCUGUUGGCCUCUGCUCACUGCAGCGUGGUCUACAUCGUGGAAUUCUCGGGGGACACCUCCCACAGCCAGAGCAUCAAUGGGACCUGCUACCUGGAGUUCCGGAAGGACCAGCUAGCCUUCCUCCUGCCCGUACGGCUAGAGAUGGCCGUGGUCCUCUUUGUGGUCCCCCUGAUCAUCACCAGCUACUGCUACAGCCGCCUGGUGUGGAUCCUCGGCAGAGGGGGCAGCCACCGCCGGCAGAGGAGGGUGGCGGGGCUGGUGGCAGCCACACUGCUCAACUUCCUUGUCUCCUUUGGGCCCUACAACGUGUCCCACGUUGUGGGCUAUAUCUGCGGUGUAAGCCCGGCAUGGAGGACCUACGUGAUGCUUCUCAGCACCCUGAACUCCUGUGUCGACCCCUUUGUCUUCUACUUCUCCUCCUCCAGAUUCCAAGCCGACUUUCAUGAGCUGCUGAGGAGGCUGUGUGGGCUCUGGGGCCAGUGGCAGCAGGAGAGCAGCGUGGAGCUGAAUGAGCAGAAGGGAGGGGAGGGGCAGAGAGAGGACCGUCCAGCUGAAGGAAAGAGCAGUGAACACUCACUGGGCUCUGGAACUGGUGGCCAGGUGGCCUGUGCCAAAAGCUAGGUCCUCUGCGGCAGGAGGGUGUAGCUGGCAUGUCAUCCUCAGGGCACUUUCUCGCUCACGCCAGGGACUUGGAGUGGCGAGCUGGGGUCCGAUGGGGCUUGGGGGCAGAAUUGACAUCUGGCCUUCCUAAGGGUGUGCGCACUAAAGCCUAGCUCUCUAUCUCACCUCCAUCCCCAUCCACCCACACACCAUGGAUUGGGCUCUGGAAAGGGGUCAGGGUGAGAGGCUGCUCUGGAGAACAA